AUGGCGGCUCGGGAGCUAAAUCUCCAUAUUCGAGAGAAGCACAAUCUCGCGAGAGAUUUCCAGGCGUUGUAUGCCAGGAACUCUGGUUAUCAUGGUGGUCCGCACCGACCGGCAGCUUCUCCUCAAUCGUCCACAGGCAACUUGACGAGCACUCCUUCUGAAUCCACCAAUACACUGAGCACAGAAUCCGAUCUUACGCUGAGUACAAUUUCAAGCACACGGUUUUCUGUUUGGCUGCAGCAGAAUCCCGUUCGACCUCGCGCACCAACGACCAUUGACGAUAUUGCGCUAUCUCGUAAUCAUCGAACGGACUCUCCCAAGAUUUCUACACAGCAUCUUCGCAACUCAGUGAGAUUUCAGGUCCAGGAUUUGGUAGAUGAAUUUGAGGGCGUGGAUGCAGCAGCGAGACAGGCAUGCAUCAAAGGGAUGCGGUGCAUGCCCAUUUUCCCGGCACUGUACGCGCAUGUGUUUACGCACCUUAAUGUCUGCCCCCGCCAAGCCGAAAUGAGAAGAGAUUGGUUAUCACGGGACAACAUGUGGUGUCUUAUAAAUUUCAAGGCCAUCAAGGACGCGUUGUCUGGACUAAUGAACCAGGCUCAAGUGGAGUUGCACGUCUGUAACCAAUCUCUUACCGGCCAGUCCAGACUGCACGCGCUAGACAUUCAAGACAUUGGGGCAUUGAUUGCCAGUUGUUCAACCGACCCACAUGCUACUUCUCAGCUAAUUACGCUCAAAGACGAUAAGGGACAUCGAACUUCGCCACUGUCCUUACCCCUUGCCGUAUCCUCUUUUCUUCGCUUCGACUCUGCCAUCGUCAGGAGUGUAGUUCCCAUUGUGCGAGUGGACCUCGACGGAAUAUCUGGGUGCAUUAUUGGUUCUUUUGAUCCAUGGGUUCUGAACUCUGUUUUCAGAAUCAGGACCAUGGUGUAGCUGCCCAAGCGAAUUGUUUAUUGGCAGAUCUUGUUGUAGCUAAGAUUACUGCUAGCUACUUUAUUACUUGUACUCGAAUGUUGUACCGUGGUUCUGAUAGUCCCGAUAUUGUGCAUCCGCAACCCCAACAAGCAAGGAAAGAAAGCAAGCAUAGAGA